UGGAGUUAUUGUCGCGAAGAAUGGGGCGAUCAGUGUAUAGAUUCAAAAAUUCAAAGGGAUGGAACUCCCAAAGUUGUACGCAAUAUUACUGGGGUAAAGAAAACAUCAGCAGAAUUUUAUUUUGUAAAUAUAGUUCUCCACGAAAAGGCCAAUAUAGAUGAUGGUAUUGGUGUCCCGAAUUGGAGAUUAGCCAUAACCUUGGCCGUUUCAUGGCUGGUAAUAGGUGGUGUCAUCAUAAAGGGUAUUAAAAGUUCCGGUAAAGCUUCAUAUUUCUUGGCCAUAUUCCCCUAUGUGAUUAUGUUGGUUUUGCUGGUGCGUUCGCUGACUUUACCGGGUGCAUUUGAUGGUGUUCUGUUUUUCCUUACACCACAAUGGGAUCGACUGUUGGAUGCGAAAGUGUGGUAUGCUGCAGUUACACAGGUUUUCUUCUCGCUAACCGUUUGUUAUGGCAUUAUUUUGAUGUAUGCCUCAUUUAAUCGGUUCCGCCAUAAUAUCUAUAGAGAUUGUAAUAUAGUGACAUCACUGGAUACAUGCACUUCCCUGCUUUCGGGCAUUGUUAUUUUUGGCAUUUUGGGAAAUUUGGCUCACGAAUCUAACAAUCCCGAUAUAAAGAGUGUGGUUAAAUCAGGACCUGGAUUGGCGUUUAUUUCUUACCCAGAUGCUAUAGCGAAAUUUGAAGCAGUGCCACAGAUUUUCUCCGCCCUUUUCUUCUUGAUGAUGUUCAUAUUAGGUGUGGGGAGUAAUGUAGGCGUUAUUUCAAGUGUGAUAACUGUGAUAUGUGAUGGGUUCACUACGAUCAAACGUUGGAUUGUUGUUAGUGUUAUGGUGGUGAUUUGUUAUUGCUUCGGACUGAUGUAUAUCACACCCGGUGGCCAAUUUAUUAUGAAUUACAUUGACUUCUAUGCGGUGACUUUGGUGGCCAUUGUAUUGGGAAUAUUUGAACUGAUUGCAGCCAGUUGGGUUUAUGGUGUUAAAAAUAUCUGUCGUGAUAUCAAAUUUAUGCUGAAAAUUAAAACCUCCAUAUACUAUCGGAUUUGUUGGGGCAUUGUUACACCAGUUUUUAUGACUGCCGUUUUAAUUUAUAUGCUAGUCGACUAUGAGCCACUGAAAUACAAUGAUACAUUUUAUCCCGAGGGUUUAUAUGCUUUGGGUUGGUGCAUAUCAGCUGUUGGUAUUGGACAACUUUUAAUAUGGGGUUUCUAUACAGCAUAUACGGCACCCCAAUAUAGCUUCGGACAACGUUUUAAAAUUGCAUUUAAACCUACCUCCGAAUGGGGACCACUUGAUAACACAACCCUUAAGGAAUAUAAGGAAUAUAUUCAGAGUUUUGAGGAAUCUUGUGCGCCAAAGAGAAAAGGAUUUUGUUUGUAA